CAGCUAUCGUUUCACACUAAAUGACAUUUUCCCUGAAAAAUAAUAGUAAUCGAUAUACGAUUAUGUUGACCAAGACUAUAAAGCAAAAACCGCUAUCAGGCAACGCGGAUUACCGUGGCAACUCCAAAUUGAAUUCAAGCAUGUGUAUAAUUCGCGCAUCGUCGGCUAUUCUCAACGUUAAACCAAUUUAUCUGAAAGGAAGCAAUGUAUACAAAAAGAAAGAGAUCGAUAAGACAAGCGACAAAAGAGAGUGCCUGAUCCCUUCAAAACCUAUUGCCUAUUCAAGAAUCGUGACACAGAAGGAAUAUGAGCAUUUGAAAGAACGUAGUCACGUGAUUACGAAAGAGGAGAAACAAAUGGCUGUGGAGACGGAGGAAAAGGAGAAAGAAAGAUUAACGAAGGAGAGCAUAGAGCGCAAAGAAGCAAUCCGCAGGAUGGACAUGAAGAAAAGACGUGAAAAGGAUCCGAGGACAAGGGAAAUCGAGGAAGAAGCACGGAAAAAAAUGAUGCAUAUUCUUGAGCGAGCGCGCAACAUGCGUCUCGAGCAGGAGGAGGAGAUACAAGAAUGCAAUCGGCUCAUCCUGGCAACCAAGUGCCGAGCUAUUCGCGAUGCCCAAAUCGCAGAAAAGAAACUAAUAGAACGAGAAGUUCUUGAAGAAGAGAAACGACUGAACAAUAUGAUGGAAGAUGAGAGAAGAUGGGCAAUCAAAGAAGAAUUGCGAAAGGAACAGGAAGAGGCAUCUAAGAGGUCGCAAUUUGCAAAACUUCUGAAGGAACAGAUCGUGACAAAUGAAGAACAACGAAUUAUCGAGUUUGAAAGAAGGCAGGAGGAAAGUCGAUUAAUCAAUCUAAAUAACGUUGCGCAACAACAAGACGAAAUCGAGAAAAUGCGCAACAAGGAGGCCGAGAAUGCUAGAAUAAGACAAGAACUUAUGGAAGGACACGAACAAUUGAAGUACUUUAAAGCUAUGAGGCAGGAAGAGGAUAGGAUCAUAGAUUUGAGCAUACAAAAUUAUCAUCGAAUAAAAGAAGAAAAGGAAGCAAAGAAAGUGGAGGAGCAGAAAUUAGAAAAAUUACGAAAGGAACGAGAAAAAGCCAGAGUGGCGACGCAGACGAUCCAAGCGCAUGAACUUCAGAUGCAUAUUGAUGAGAUCAAUGCGAUCCGAAUACAGGAAGAGGUGGAACGGGAAUGGAGAUUGAAGGAGAAAGAAGAAAUGCUAAAGAAACUAAAUGCUCAAAAAAUGCUUUGGAAGGAAAGGGAAGAACAAAUAAACAAUAAACGAAUAAUGCAAGCCAUUGAGAUCGAAAGAGAUAGACGGGAAUUUGAGAAAAUUGUAUGUGAACAAGAAACAGCCCUUGAUAGAGAAAAGAAGGAACUUGAGCAGAAGCAAGAACAGACUUUAAUUCACCGCAACGAAAUAUUAAAGCAGAUAAAUGAAAAAGAACGAGAACGCAUUACUGAGCGACAAAAGAUGUUUGAGGAAAAUUUAACGACUUGUGCGGAGACUGCGAUGCGUAAGAAGAAAUUGCAGGAUGUGAUAGAACAAAAGUGGCAAAAAAUGAGGGAAGACAACGUACCAGACACUUACAUAAACGAAGUAAAACGAAUGAUUGAAAAUAUUCAUUAAAUCACCAUUUGACCAGACUUUGAAAUAAAAUCGGAAACAAGACGUUAGUUUUAAAAAUAUGUACAUUAAUUUUACAUAUGUAUGCGCAGCUAUACACACAUACAACUAUAAGGUAUAAACUACAAAUAAUUAUGUUGAAAUGGGAAAGGAAGGAAAAAAUGUUAUUAAAUUUCACUUCUUCUCCUGCCUUUUUAAGAGUUUUUAAGAGUUGGUAGUAAUUCCCGAAUUGAUUUUGUACAAUAAACACGGAAAGUUACGAUCUAUCAA